UUUUUGUUCUUAGUUUUCAUUACUUGAAUAUUAUUUUAAUUAUAAUUAUAUCCCCCCUCCAACAUUGUAAAUUAAUACCUUGAAAGUGUUAAACAAAUUAAAAUAAUCUGCAUUUGGGAAUACUUUCAAAGUUGACUUUCACUUUUCAAAUUGACUUUCACUUUUCAAAUUGACUUUCAUACUUUUCCAUUGACUGACGUUAGUUUCUUAAAGUUUUUUUUUUACUUAGUUGAGUAGUUCUUGCCAUAAUAUGGAUUAGAACAUUACUCAAAUAGGGAUAUUCACUCUUUACCAACUUUACCUCCUCACAGCUGUUAUCUAAGCAAGAGGUGCCUAAUUUAAAGCAUCUAAAAUAUAAAACAUUCUGCUUUGGUUUAACACAGGGAGAGUACAGAGAAACAGCGCUCUCAUCACCAUCUCUCCUCCCCCCGCCCCCCUUUCUCUCUCUCUCUCUCUCUCUCUUUCUCUCUCUCUGUCUCUCUAAGGUAACGGGGCUCGUCCUCCCCCCGGCUGCUUUCUGACUGCCUCUCUUUCUCUCUCUCUCUCUCUCUCUCUCUCUCUCUCUCUCUCUCUCUCUCUCUCUCUCUCUCUCUCAGUCCGGCUACAUCCACCCAGUCAGAGCAGCAGGGCGGCCGCAGGGCUCUGUAACACCGCGGGGAAUACACGACUUCACCCACCACCCACAGACCCCCGCUCAGACCCUCUCUCUCGCUCUCUCAGUCUCUCACUCCAUUUCUCUGUCACUCUCUCUCUCACUCACUCAGUCUCUAGAGAGCACGGCUGGGCUGCUCGUCUCACACAUUAAAGACUGCUCGCUCUUCGUGCUGGAGGUUCUACUGAUAGUUCUACUGGAGGUUCUACUGGUGGAUCUGUUGGAGGUGCUGCUGCGAUGCGCGCGAGCUCCGGAUUCGUGGCCCUUUGCCUGCUCGCUUUUGUCCGGCAGGCAGCUCGAGCUUCCCCGAGCAGAUCUACACAAGAUGUGGAUGAGUGUGUGGAGACCACAGAUAACUGCAGCAUUGAUGCAAUCUGCCAGAACACCCUCAAAUCGUACAAAUGCAUCUGCAAGUCUGGCUACAAAGGAGACGGGAAACACUGUGAAGAUAUUGAUGAGUGUGCAACUGAUUAUAAUGGAGGAUGUGUCCACGAUUGCAUCAACAUCCCAGGGAACUACAGAUGCACCUGUUACGAUGGCUUCCGUCUAGCCCACGAUGGCCAUAACUGUCUGGAUGUGGACGAGUGUUCUGAGGGUAACGGAGGCUGCCAGCAGGUGUGUGUGAACAUGAUGGGGAGUUACGAGUGUCGCUGCAAAGAGGGAUUCUUCCUGUCCGACAACCAACACACCUGCAUCCAGCGGCCCAAAGUGCGCAUUAAUGGCACUAAAGAAGGCCCGAGCUGUAUGGACAAGAACCACGGCUGCGCUCACAUCUGUCGAGAGGCUCCUAAAGGAGGCAUCGCCUGCGAGUGCAGACCGGGCUUCCAGCUCACCAAGAAUAACCGAGACUGCAAACUGACGUGUAACUACGGUAAUGGCGGCUGUCAGCACAUCUGUGAGGAAACGGAACAUGGGCCACGAUGUACCUGCCACAUAAAGUUCACUCUGCACACCGACCUCAAGACAUGUGUAGAGGGAAGGAGUUUCCAGCAGCAGCUACAUCCGCCACAGCUGUUUCCCAAUGAGACGUGUGCAGUGAAUAAUGGCGGUUGUGACAGCACGUGCCAUGAUGCGCUAACAGGAGUUCGCUGCAGCUGUCCAGUCGGGUUUACUCUCCAGCCUGAUCGCAAGACAUGCAAAGAUAUUGAUGAGUGUCGCAUGAGCAAUGGCGGCUGUGAUCACGUCUGCAGGAACACAGUGGGAAGCUUUGAGUGCAGCUGCAAGAAAGGCUACAAACUGCUGACCAACGAAAGGACCUGUCAAGAUAUUGACGAGUGCUCCUUUGACCGGACAUGUGACCACACCUGUGUGAAUUCUCCAGGCAGCUUUGAGUGUUACUGCAACAAAGGCUACGUCCUGUAUGGAGUUGCUCACUGUGGAGACAUUGAUGAAUGCAGUAUAAACCGUGGCGGCUGUAAAUUCGGCUGUGUGAACACACUGGGCAGCUACGAGUGUACCUGCCCACCGGGAUAUAAGAUGCAAUGGAAUAAGAAGGACUGCAUAGAGGUGGUGAAGUGUGCGUCCAAUCUGGUGGCUCCUAAAGCCACACUGUCCUGUAGCAAGACAGGCAAGAAGGAGAGCUGCUCCCUCACCUGUGCGUCUAAAGCACACUACCUAUCAGAGUCUGACAGCAGCUACUCCGUUAGCUGUGGAGUUCCUGUACUACGAGGCAAAGGCCAGAGCAGGGUUAACUCCAGCAGCAGCCAGAGCUGCAUAGAGACUCUGGCUCCUCCAGUGAAGCAGACGGCCUCGUUCCGAAUCAAAAACGCCAAAUGCCACCUGCACCCUAAACUCAGGGGACGAGCGGAGGACGGAGGCAGACAGAUCGGACCAGGUGGCCAGCUGUGCAACAACUGCCAGGUCACUUUUGUUAACCUGAAGUGUGACUCGUCCAAGAAGACCAGAGGGCGACGGACACGUAAUCCGUCCAAUAAGGAGAUCUCACGCAUCACCCUAGAGCUGGAGGCGGAGAUUAAACCAGGCGACACGACCGGGAGCUGUGACCUGAGCUGUGUGAGGAGGCAGAUGGAGCAGAAGAUGAAGUCCUCCAUUAAAGUUCUGAAAAAGUCCAUAAAUCAGGAGCGGUUCCUGAUCCGAGUGGCGGGGCUGGAGUAUGAGGUGGCUCAGAAAGUGUCCCAUGCUGCAGAUAAACACGAAAACUGUGGUCCAGGGAGAGAGAAGGACAGUGGCCGCUGUGUCAGAUGUUUGCCCGGCUCGUAUUACCACGGUGAGAUGGAGCGCUGUGUCCAGUGUCCUCCCGGAACCUUCCAGGAGCGCGAGGGUCAGCUGGCCUGUGACCUUUGCCCUGGAGGAGAUCGCCACGGCCCAUCAGGAGCUCGCAACAUCACUUCCUGCUCAGGUCAGUGUCCAUCAGGGCAUUACUCCGGCGAUGGCUUUAAGCCGUGCCAUCCUUGCCCUCGGGGAACGUACCAACCUGAUCCUGGCCGGACCCUCUGCUUCCCCUGCGGAGGGGGACUCGACACCAAGAAAGAGGGAGCCAACUCUUUCCACGACUGUGAGGUCAAAGUGUCUUGUGCUGCGGGACAUUACUACAACACAUCUGUGCAUCGUUGUAUCCGCUGUCCUGUCGGCACCUACCAGUCAGACUUAAAACAGAACUACUGCAUCUCCUGCCCCGGAAACACCACCACAGACUUUGAUGGAGCUACCAGCGUCUCUCAGUGCAAGAACCGGGAAUGCGGAGGUGAAAUCGGAGAGUUCAUCGGGUACAUCGAGUCACCCAACUACCCUGGAGAUUACCCUGCUAAUGUAGAUUGUAUAUGGACCAUCAACCCCCCCAGCAAGCGAAAAAUUCUUAUUGUGGUGCCGGAAAUCUUCCUGCGGUCUGACGAUGACUGUGGAGAUGUGCUGGUGAUGAGGAAGAACUGGUCGGUAACCUCCAUAACCACGUAUGAGACGUGUCAGACGUACGAGCGGCCAAUCGCCUUCACCGCUCGCUCCAGACGCCUCUGGAUCAAUUUCAAAUCCAACGAUGCCAACAGCGCUCGCGGCUUCCAAAUACCUUACGUCACAUAUGAUGAGGACUAUGAGCAGUUGGUUGAAGACAUUGUCCGAGAUGGGAGACUCUAUGCCUCUGAAAAUCAUCAAGAAAUCCUGAAGGAUAAAAAAUUAAUCAAGACACUCUUCGAUGUUCUGGCUCACCCGAACAACUACUACAAGUACACGGCUCGGGAUUCCAACGAGAUGCUCCCGCGGUCCUUCAUCCGCCUCAUCAGCAGCAAAGUCUCAGCCUUCCUCCGGCCAUACAAGUAGUCUGAUAAACCAUCCUCACACCAUCCUCAUCCUCAGACCGACAUUAUCACCAGCCUUCCACCACCUUCUCCAGUCCAUCUAGCAUGCUUUUUAUAAUAAAACAUAAACAAAAAUCCAAACAAGAUACAGCUUUACUGGCUUCAAAAACCUACCGCACACUACGCAGAUUCAAACAUCUGUCUUCUCUAUCAGUUUAUUAUUAUUAAUAUUAUUAUUAUUAGUUUAUUCUUAUCAGUCAUCUCCUCUGAGAAAAAGGGUAUAUAUGUGUAGAAGAACCAACCCAGCAGAACCUUUCAAGUCCGUUCCAGCUGAACCGCAGACUGGAGUUGAUGGGUUUUGGAGCGUCCGGUUCCUCAGUAUCUGUCUGUCACCACUCUGUGUUUGUGUUUAUGUGUUUGUUGGUUAAUUGAAUGUUUGUUUGUCUGUUUCUUUGAUGUCGUUUUCGGUCCUGACACGUCCUGACAAACACAAGACGGUGAAAGGGCUAAAAUAGUCCAAACCAUGUAACUGUAACUGUGUGUGGAAUCACAGAUGAGUCCAGCCUUGGUAAAACAGGGAGGUUUGAGAGUUACAGAGAAUUUUAAUCCGUUUUUUACUUAAAAUUCAAAUAUGUAAAUAAUUUCCACAUUAAUAACAUGUAAUACAUCACAGUUUUAACAGUUAGUUUGACCCACAACUGUGUUAAUGUGAUGCGUUUGUUUGGUAGCACUUUCUGUUACUUUUACUUUCUACAGUUACUUUCUGUUUCCUCUGAGUUCCUGAGUGUUAGAAUGUAUGAAGUACAAUAGAUUGUUCCCACUUCAGAAUGUCUUCCAAAUUUGUCCAAGUUUAGACACUAGACUUCACAAAAUGAAUGGGUUCAUAUGUAGCAAUUGUGCAAUAUCAGUUUUUUAAAUGUUAUUCUAAAAAAAUAUAUCACGUUUCAAUUCUGCAGACAUAUUUUCUAAAACGUUUAACCCUCCUAUUAUCUAUUAUCUAUAAUUUAAUGUUUAAAGCCUCUGAAAAAAUGGUUGACAUUAGUUUUGUGAUUCAUAUUUAUCGCCUUCUCUUAAUUUGCUGGAGACAAUAAGUAAAAAAUAAGAUGUUUCAAAUAUAUCAGCUUCAAUAUCUGUUUUAUUGAGGCUGUUUUAUUGGCAUAAAACAUACGAAAUCUUACUAUUUUACACAUAUUUGUGUAGUAAUAGUGUUAAGGUCACUGUGACUUUCCUUUUUAGAACCUUUCUCUAAAUAUCUCUUCACUGUAGGCCUUAAAUUAACAACACAAUACUUAUAUAAUAUGAAUAAAACACUUAUAAUAAUGCCAGAACCACUGAUCAUUUGUCAAAAUACAAAAAAAAAAACAUAAAGAAACUGAUAAAUUUUGCUAACAUGUUAAAUUAUCUGGAAUUAUAAUAAUUUUCUGGAGGUUUAAAUUGCUGGGGUCGUAUUGACCCAGAGAAUACAUUUGAGAAUAGCAGGAGGGUUAAACUCAUCAGCAAUCCAACACAACAAUACAUUACAGUAGCAGUAAUUCUAGCAUCUUUACUGCCUCAAAACUGUUUACUGUAGAGAAAUGGAAGCCAAGUUUUCUAGUAAAACAUUUUUUAGUAAGAUACAUCAUUCUACUUUUUAAAAUUAAAGGAAUAACAUGCAUUCAUUCUACUCUCAUUCAUUGAGGACUCACUCACAGGCUCCAUUCAGCGGUUUGCAGUCAUUUUGUGAGGUAAUUCCAGGUGCGAGCCGAUUGUUGUUUUAUACUCAGCAACUGGGGCGGAUCAGUGCGGAUUCAGAAACGCCCUGAGUAUUUUUAAUCAAUAACUCAUUACUCAGUUAUCAAACAACUUUUCUCUAACUUUGAUGGCUAGGGCAUGCCAGAAACAAAGAAGAAUGCCCAAACAAAAUCAUAGAGAAACACUGUAAAAGAAAGCGACUGUAAAAGAAAGUGCUACCAUUUACAUUUUCCAAAAAAGAUCGUUGGAAAAAUAGCUGCACCCAGAAGGAAGUGUGGGAUUGUAAUGCUAUUUGGAAGAAAGAUAAAGGAUAGCAGGAAUAGUAAAUGAUUAAACAUUCAGAAUUAGUGUGUAACGUUUGUAACUCAAUGUGCCAGAUGUCUCAGCAUGGAGAUGUAGAGGUUCUAAAUGGUGUUCUGUAACAAUCCAUUUCAAGUAGUUUGAAUGUUCUCAUGCAGUUCCUGCAGAUUUUGCGGUAGGGCUUUAGAGAUAAAGCAUUGGUAGCAUGUCUGAUAGCACUCCACACAUUUUUAAUUGUGGAUAGCUCUGGCAAUAAGUCUGGACAUGGCAUAGCUUCUGUUUCUUUAAGGCAAGCUUGAAACAGAAGCAGUAUGUGGAUGAGCAUUGUCUUGUUGGAAUAGUGCACCAGAGUGUGCACGCCAUGACACCAGAACUUCUGGUCAUUUAAUGUGUGACAAAAAACUGCUGAUCUUGGUGCGGACCACAGGACCUCCGCACACGGGUUUGUUGGUUAUAAGAAACUCCACAACAGUCUGGAACGACUACCCACCAAGUUUCAUGCCUGUUGGUUAAUUCCUUCUUGGUGCAGCAAUUUUUUUAUUUUUUAUGUUUUAUUUCUGUGGAAAUUAGAUACGUAUUUGAUUGGAGUAACACAUCACUUCUUGUUGAUGAUGUAAGUGGAUGUGAAGUAAAAUAUGAGAUGUGCUUUAAAAUUCACGUUAUAUUUUUACUUCCUUUUAUCAUUUUUUCAUACAGUUUAUCCAUCCAGUAUUCUCUGACAUUCUCUCGCCAAUUACGACCUUUUUGUUUCACUUCAUAUCGUACAUUUCAGCUCUUAGAGCAUCUUUAAUCUUACUGCCACGCUGUUAAAACAGUAAACGUGUAAGUUUUGUCUGUUCAGAUUGUAUUAUUGUCAAUUGCAUAUUCAUUUAUGACCUUAUACUCCUGAUAAUUUAACAAGGCGUAGAAGACGUAGUGCAUUUUGUUUCGAGGUUGAGAAAAAAAAAAAGAGUUGUGAGAGGAGUUCCGGCUGAUGUUGAGAAACAGUGUUUAGUGGAGGAACGAGACGUAGACGUGCGAUUGCUGCUUCUUCAGAAAAAAAAAAAACGUCACUUUAAACCUGCUACGCUACAUUCACGAUUUCCAACUUCCUCCAUUUAAAGGCAAUUUAAAGGGGAAUUCCAGAACAAAAAAAAAAUUAUACUGUAAUAACUGUUCACUGAUGUGCUGAAGUGUUUUAAAAUGCACUUUUCAACAGAGACAGAAAGAUUAUUUUUGGAUUGGUUGUUUUAACAUGGAAAGUCUUCAGCAGUUUAAAUCACCUUAGCAUUAACAUCAUAGCAAAAAUCAGGUUUCCAUCCAUGUGUUUCAAAUAGAACAAUAGUGAAUGUUAAGUAAAAACUGCAUAAAAAUGCAUCUUCAAAAUAAAUAAUAAAAAAGUAAAUAAAAUAACAGAAGGCAAUGGCCUACUGACACUGAUUAGAAAAUGAAAGUGUUAAUUUAAUAUUAACAUUAGAUUACGUUAGCCAAUCAGCUCUGUCCCUGCUUUCCUAUUUUGUAAAAUACAACCAUAUAUUUAAAAGACCCAUUUUUAGCAUCUUAGCAGCUCAUGUUUAGCUCAUGUUUUUCUAUAGGACAGAAAGCUUAUUUUUGGUUAAUUAAUAAUAAGUGGACUUUAAAGAUAUGUACAUUUUAAAUAAAACAGAAACACCUUUUUCAACUUAAGUGAGAAGAACUGGGAAGUGCUUUAACAAAGAAAAUUUUACAUGUUCUUCAAGAGAAUAUAAAGAGAAAAAACAUUCACAAUAUUUUUAGCAAAUUAAAUUAAAAGCUGGAUGGAAACCUAAGAGAGUAAAAAGAAUUUGACGUGAAAUUAUUAAUUAAUUCAUUUUCGCCAUAUUGUCGCUGUUACGCAAAAAAAAAAACCUUGCAUCUACAUUUUUGCUAUUUUUAAAUGUUUGGACUUGUCAAUCUGGCUGUUGUUAAAUUUCAUUUAAAAUACUUAUAGAAAUGCUUAAACAAUGAUGGUGGUCCAGCGCUGCCACUGUGAGGAGUCUAAGAGAUUACUGUGGCCAUGAUCUGUCUGGGUGUGAAGUUGUUGUUCAGCACAGGCAUCUGUUAGCUGGUGUAUCAGAGCUGGGUCACUGCACUUUCCUCUUAAGGAGCUUUCACAUUGCAGGCGGCAGCUGUACUGCUGUAAGCUGCUGUAAACAGAUACAUGUGUACAGAUGCUGUAGCUACAUCACACACCAAAACACUGCUUACAGACAUGACAUUUUUUAAAAACUCGCCUAAUAUCAGCAGGCAGCCAAUGCAACUACAAAUGGCCAGCGUCCAGCAGAGCAGAACGCAACACAGCAUUCUCCUGGCGAUGUAAUAAAACACCUUAUAAGAGCACAGCUGGCCACAUUCUCUGUGGGAGGGUAGAUGUUCAUUACUCCUGCUGUGUUGUUCAUGUUGUUCAGCACAGGUAUCUGUUGGCUGAUGUAUCAGAGCUGGGGAUCCGGUGCUUUCCUAAACAGUGCAGGGCCCAUGAGGUCACCAGCCCCGCCCCCACCCACACAAUGUUGUGUGUCCGGACCGAUCAAGAGCUGAGUCAGCGCUGAGCUCAACUUAAAACCCGAGGAAAACAGCAAAACAACAGUAAUCGGCCCUUUAAUCAGGCAUUUAAAUGGCUUUUUAAAAGGUAAAUAAGAGCGAAUUCAGCUGUAACUGGAAAUAUCUGCGCAAAACUGUGCUGGACUGAGGUGCACAGCUUUCGACACAUGCGUUUACAAGCACAUGAAGCGAGGUAACAGUAUGGUAACCGAGGUAACCACAUGGCACGUGUUCAGCCAUGUGGAUGGAGGCCAUGUGGUUACCUGUGUUUACUCCUAGACCCCCACCCCCCCUCGAACUCCCCCACCCCCUCUUUCUCUCGCUUCUGGCACAGGCAGCAGGAGCCUGUCACUUACACAGACACAAAGACAACGCUUCUUGUGUCAAGAAUCAAAACAUUGCAACAUGACAUGUUUGAUUUAAUUGCCUUAAGUGACAACGCACGUCCUGCGAUGUGACUAUUGCGCAUCAGAGGACAUGUGUGUGCUUUCACCCUUCUAGUGUUGGGACAUCACUAGAGAUGGGGCUUGAUUAGUGAUGACUAAUGACACACAACUAAAAAUAAAUGACUGCAUUUAUUUCAAUUACAUUGACUCCCAUUGACAGUUAUGUAAAAUUGACUUUUUGGAGAUACAAGGUUUUUGCAUUUUUGUAACAGCAACAAUUAAUAAAUGAUUAUUUUCAUUUAAAUACACACUAUACAGUCUACAUAUCAUAAAGAGAUGAGUUAUCAUGCAUGUUUGUUUGUUUGUUUUGGAUAAUGGAUGAUGUCCCGUAUGCUGAAGCAGUUCCACCAGGCUUCACAUACGAGUUCUAAACGCAUUAUGUGUGCCUUAUGAAUGUGUGUGAUGUUUUGUUUGAUGUUCUCUUCCGAUAUAAAGUGUUACUGUUGAAAGGAGAAGUUUGGAGAGAGUUUGAGAGGGUUAAUAAGAGCAGGUGAUGUAACCUCACCUUUCUUUCUUUCUUUCUUUCUUUCUUAUUUUUUGUUGUUUUUUUUUUUCUUUGGUUGUAUAUUGUAAAUAUUAAAUAAACGUAGACUAAUUUUGAGUCGGAGAGCUAAGGCCAGUCCCGAAUAAUGUUCUAUAGACCCUUGUAUUAAGGGGGAAUUUGUAAUAAUACCAGCCAGCAAAAGUUCAGCCACAAAAACAGGAGAUUCAAAGUUUGUACAAACUUCACUUUUAGAGCAAAAUGUUUUUUUGUUAAUGUUUUUAUUCCCAAUGUUUUGAUAUUUUGCCCCAGCCUCUCUUCCAAAGACCACCUUCCAAAUGUGCAAUGAAUUUAGCAUUCAGCAUCACUACCCAGCAGGCACCAGACAUCAAUCUGAUAUUAGAAAAAGGAUGGCUCUGACAAAUACUGUUAAAGUGAAAAUUAAAACGAAAAAAUGUAAAAAAAAAUAAAUAAAUAAAUAAAAAAAAAACAAUGAUGUACAGAAGUUGAAUUUUGAUUGGAAACAAAGUCAUUUUCUUAUCCAUCAGAAACCAACAGUGGGUUUACAUUGUUUAAAUGUUAGAUGUAAAAUGUUGGUUACUGAACACCAUGUUAAGUAUUCUGUAUCAACCUGACGUUGGAAUUAGAUGUUGUUUUAAAUUUUGGACACCCAAUGUUAAAAAACUACUUUCAGCCAGUUAACAAUGUCUAUUGUUGUAGGUGGCCAGCUGGGUAGUUUUAGGCCAAAAAAUGAACAAAUAAAUAAAUAUUAAAAGACAAAUGAUAAUGCCUUAGCUUUUAUUGAAAAAGGACAGUAAUAAAAAGAGCAGACAUGAUAACUGAAGAUUUCUGCUUUGCCCACGAAAGCCCUUAAUAUAAAGGUUAAACUUGGUGUUGAAUUGAUAUUAAAUGUUAUAUAAAGUUAGAUUUACUCUAGAACUGUAUAGAACUUUCAAAACUCAUCCGUCAUACUUACAAAACAUUUUCCUUUUUUUUGCAACUUAUUUUACUGCUAAAUGUAAUUAUUUUUGUUACAGUGCUGCUGGAAUUAAAAGAAAGGGAUUUGUGUUCAUUUUCACAAAAAAGUUGCUUGUGAAACAGCUGAAUAUGAUAAAGUCUGUGGCAAAGAAUCUGAUGUUUUGUUCUGUUGAAUGUUAGAAAAAGUAAAUGCUGGUCAGUGUGGGACUGUAGAUCUCACUGUUGUUCAUUUCUCCAACUGUAGAACUUUCAUUAAUGACACAAUGCAACUUUUUCCCCAUUUUCUUUGAGAAAUGACUUUGCCACAAGGUUUCAUGGAAUGGGUAACGGUAUUUGCACUUGAAAAAAAUGUUUAUGCUCAUGUAAAAAUGUCUAGAUUUUGUAUUUGUCUUUUUAAAUGAAAGGAAUUGGUGUUCUUAAAAACUUUCA